AUGAAAUUUUGUUGUUGUUGUUGUUGUUGUGUCACUGGAUUCGUUGUGGCUCUGUGGCUGUGUGUGUCUCUCUCUCUCUCUCUCUCUCUCUCUCUCUCUCUCUCUCUCUCUCUCUCUCUCUCUCUCUCUCUCUCUCUCUCUCUCUCUCUCUCUCUCUCUCUCUCUCUCUCCGACGAUGGCAGCAGCAGCAGCAGCAGCCAUGCCGACGACCACGACGGGGACGACCGAGGCCAGGCUGCCCUACUGGGAUGUAGUGGUGCUCACAGCGACCGACGAGAAUCAGGCCCAGAGCUAUCGCCAGCAACUUGCACACAAGCUAGCUCGAGCGGAGCUGCCUCCCGCCCAAUCCGCCUGGGCCAAAAAUCGGCAACGGCGGCGCGACCCUCCAUGCCCUACACUGCCUUGAACAACAAUUGGGUGCUGCCAAUACCGACAAGUGUUGGUCUUCCCCGUAGCCAGCCGCCAUCCGUCCCAUGCCGUGACCCGCGCGCCCUUCUAUUCAUAGCUACUUACUGCCCCCUCGAUGCGCUCUCAGAUAAGAUCCUGCUCAUCCAUGCGGGUGGCUUUUCCAAACGGCUUCCCAACGUCAGCGUCAUUGGCAAGAUCUUCACAGCUCUUCCCUUUGGAAACCCCGUCUUCACCAUGCUUGAAGCCAAGUUGGCCAUGUAUAUCGACUUUCCCACGCGCAUGCGACCCGGCGUGUUUGUGGCAUGUGCCGAUGACAUUGAGCUCUUUGAUGCCUCUGGCGAUCUUCACUUUGAGGCCCCAGGCUUCACUGCCCUAGGCCAUCCUUCCUCCAUUGAAAUUGGAACUACGCACGGUGUCUUUGUCUUGACGGCCGCCGAGGCUGCGGCUGCGGCCCAGCGCCUACAUCCAGAUCACGGCUUGGCAUCCCCUGCCUGUCGCACCGUCCCCUGCCAGCAGUUUCUUCACAAGCCAAGCGCUGCUCGUAUGCACGAAGCUGCUGCCGUGCUCGGCCCGACUCAGCUCGUGUACACAGACUCAGCCUACUACUUUGAUAGAGCAACGGCACUGAGCCUGUUGCAGCUCUACGAGGACCUGCGGCCCAUCACAUGCGAAAUUGACGCGUAUGGUGAUUUUCUCCAAGCCUUGGGCCUCCAGGCGAAUGACGAUUACAUUACCAACACGGCCAAUGUCAUUCAGGUGGAACCUACGCUCGAGCUUGCCCGCCGAACCGUCUACCGCCACCUCGGGGGCAGCAACCUCAACGUUGUGCUCUGUGAUGCGCUCAAACGCAUUUACGCAGGUCAGAGCUGGACUGUAUUCGCCACCGCCCACAUCAAGUACCGAGACCAGAGAGGAGGAGGAACAGGCGAGGCGAACAAGGACGAUGCCGAGUAUUGCGUGAUUGAGAGUCAAUUGGCUUCCGACGUCACCAUCGGGACCAACACCAUUGUCGAAUUUUGCCAAAUUGGCACCAGCGUGCAAGUCGGGUCCGACAGCGUCAUCAGCAACUGUGUCAUUGCGGCCCAGACACAAACGCCCAGUCGCAUUUUCUUGCAUGUUGUGGCGCUGAUUGACAACCGCUAUGCCGCCUGUAUCUUUGGUAAGGCCAUGACAAGAUUGGCAACGCCCAAACCGCACGGCCUGUGCAUCGUGACAAGCAAUGCGGGUCCCAUGGAUAACUGA